CACGGAUAUUCUGUGAUUUCUGAUGAAUAGUUUUGGUUCUGUCAUAAAAUUUAAGUUUUUUAAUUAUAUGGUGAUUGUGGACAUUUUCUGAAGAAAUGUCUUCAAUUACAUCCACAAACACCACUGAGUUGUCCAUAACUCAGGAAGAAAUGGACAAUUCGAAAAUAACAAUAAAUACAAACAGUAGUAAACUUAUAUUAGAAAAUAAUUCUUCUGAUGUAACCAUAUCAAAAUAUGAAGCUCCCACAUCUUUUUGCAAUGUUACAACCACAACUAAUUCGUCCAUAACAAUGAAAACUCAGGUGGUACCUUUAGUUUAUAUUCAAAAUUCUGCAAAAAUUCCUUUUCCUGCUGUAAAUAAAACGAACAGUAAUGUUAUAGUCAAUAAUAUUUCACAAUUUCAUUUUGCAACAUUAGGCACAGCAAUAAAUAAUAAAAAUAGUACGAAUUUACCAACAACAACCAUGGCUCUGCCAACAAAUCAGAAUGUAAUUUUGGCAACUGGCAGGCCUCAACCGCUAGUAUUUCAAAAGCCACAGGGAAAUGUAGUUCCGGUUGUACCCGUUCCUGUUUCUACAGGAGCAAAAAUAACGGGGACAUAUCUGACAAUGCUGAAACAAGUUCCCAAACCCACCGAACCAACAAAUAUUAGUAAAGUGCAGCUAGCUACGGGAAAUAUUCCCAAAAUGCAGGACUUCCCGUUACUCAAUAAUAACACUUAUAUACAGUCUCAGAACCAAGCACAAAAAUUCGUUAUUACUCCAAUGCCAAAAGUAACAACAAAUCGCUUACCAGCUACAGCCACGACUAAUAGCGUGCAGCCUAAAAUUGCUUUGUUGCCAAUGCCUGUACCUACAACUGAACCAUCUGUUACAAAGCAAAAGAUAUAUAAUUUUAAGAUAACAGACGGACAAAUACAAAGUGACUCGACUUCCACCGUAACUGUUAUGUGUGAUAAUUUCUCAAACAAUUCAAAUGAGAACAGCAUGGAUGUGGACAGCAAUAGCGAAAAUAAUCUGGUAUGUGAUGAAGUUAUCAACUUAGACAGUCCUGAGAAAUCCGACAUAACAAACAAAACUUACGAAUUAUCCAUAACGGAAGAAUCUGUAAGUUCUCAAAGUGAUUUAAGAAUAAAUAACUGUCACAGCAACACUACUAUUAUAACUAAAAUUCCCUCGAGUACUGAAGUUAAACCUGUACUACACAAAGACACUCCGAGAUUUCCUAAACAUGGAGUCUCAAUAUUAAAGAAAAAUUAUUCUAAUUUUGCAGAUCGUAAAACGGACAAACCAAAUAACUUGAUCAUUUGCAACAUUAACUCUAAAAAUUCAGUUUCAGAGAGCAAAGAAGUUUCAGUUAUAAAACCUAGUACUAGUAAUAAAGAAGACGUAAUUAUAACUAUUCCAAGCAGCCAACCUGCAAAACCUGAGAAAGAGAGGAGGCGCAAGUCAAACUUCUCUUACAGAAAAGAGUUUGAUGAUAUGGAAGUAACCAGCACUUCCACUCCGGCAAACGUAUUUAAUACUAAUGCAAAUAAAAGCACUUUUGAGAAUAGAGAGUCAGCCACGAACCCUAAAAAGUGCCUCACCGAUGAGAUAGAAAUAGAAGUGAUAAAAGAGAAGGGUGAUAUAAACAUGAAUGAUGACUGUGAUCUCCAAAAACUCUUAGUAUGGGACGAUGAAGUGGGUACAUUACCUGGUUCAAGUUUGAAAUUUAUUAUGAACGAAUUUAGUAUCAUUGAAUAUGUGACUGAAGACGAAUAUAAAAAGAUUUUGGAAAAGAAAGCAGUGAAAUCCAAGGAGAAGAUGAAGGUAGAUUUCCAGGAAGAGAUGCGUUGUUUGGAAUGCGGUUGUUUCGGUUUACCUUCCGAAUUCAUCAACCCCAAGUUUUGUAGUUACGACUGCCAAGAGUCGUCUCAAAAUAGAAACAAAAAAGAUAAACAAGACCAGUUCAAAAAGAAAAAGAAGAGACCUAAAAAAGAGGCGAACUUGGACGGUAAUUUAAAAUCUGAACUGAAGCCUGAUAUCAAAGAAAGUGGCAGCGAAGAGGACUCAAACGACAACUCAUCGCAAGAAAAAUUCAUGUCUUACCCUUGGGCAUGUAAAAAGAAAGGAUUUUCAUGGUCCAAGUACCUUGAACACAUAAAGGCUAAACCUGCACCAGUGAAGCUGUUUAAAGACCCGUUUCCUUACACCAGAAAUGGAUUUAGGCCUGGAAUGAAACUGGAAGGUGUAGACCCUCAACACCCUUCAUAUUUCUGUGUCUUAACAGUGGCUGAAACUGUAGGGUACCGGUUGAGGUUACAUUUUGAUGGAUAUCCGGACAAUUAUGACUUUUGGUGUAAUGCGGAUAGUAUGGACAUCUUUCCUAUGGGUUGGUGCGAGAAAUUUGGACAUGUCUUACAACCACCCCCUGGAUAUACCAUCGAUAAUUUCAACUGGGUGCAGUAUUUGAAACAGACUAAGUCUACGGCAGCUCCCAAGCACCUUUUUUCGAAUAGAGCUGGACAGGCAAUCUGUCCAAAUGGCUUCCGGGUGGGCAUGAAAUUGGAAGCCGUCGACAGAAAAAAUACGUCGUUAGUCUGUGUGGCAACGGUACGUGAUAUGAUGGAUAACCGGAUACUGGUGCAUUUUGAUAGCUGGGAUGACAUCUACGAUUACUGGGCCGACCCCACUUCCCCUUACAUACAUCCAGUGGGAUGGUGCGAUCAGUAUGGGCACAACCUAACUCCUCCAAAUGAUAAAUCACAUAAGAAAAAAGGUGGUGAAAAUUGGCUUAGAGACUACCCCAACCCGGAGUCAUUUUCAUGGGAGGUCUACUUGAAGUUAACCAAGGCUGUGGCUGCUCCGGUACGGGCCUUCAAGCAGCGUCCCAGCUGCGGCUUCAAACGAGGCAUGAGGCUCGAGUGCGUGGACAAAAGGGUGCCCCAGCUCAUUCGGGUAGCCACGGUGGAUGACGUCAAGGAGCAUCAGAUACGAAUACACUUCGACGGGUGGUUGGAUAGGUACAGUUACUGGGUGGAUGACGACAGUCCCGAUAUCCACCCCAUGGGGUGGUGUCAGAAGACGGGGCAUCCGAUAGAACCUCCACUGACCCCUGACGAUGUCUAUGACUUUUUGGAGUGCCCCACAGUGGGCUGUAGGGGUCAGGGCCACAUCAAGGGGCCCAAGUAUGCCAACCACUCCACUCAGAAGUACUGCCCCUAUUCCGAGGAGAAUAUCGAUGCCGAAAGAGUAUUACCCGACAGGUUGUUGAGUCCCGACCGCAGUCCCGAAGCUGUCGUGCCCAUAUCAAGGGAGCCCAAGGAGUGCAAAAUUAAGCCACGUUUGGGAAGGCCGCCAAAGUACCUGCGUCUGGAGCAGCCAAAACCCGCCCCCGCAGACGAACCCCCAGAGAAGAAGCCUCGAAAGAAGGAGAAAAAACUAGAAUCUUCCCCCAUUUCAGAAGCGGCAGAACAGAAGGCGAUGCUGCUCAUCGAGCAGUCGAAGAUCCUACCGGCAGAGAGGGAAUCGUGGCUCAGACACUCGCACUUCCUCAAGAGGUACAUCACCACGGACGUGGACCCCCGGUCGUGGUCGAACGGUGAAGUGGUGGACUUUAUUACUUCCUUACCGUGUUGUGAGAACGACGCGAACUUGUUUAAGCGCGAGCAGAUAGACGGAGAGGCCCUGCUGUCUCUCAGCCAGAAGGACAUUUUAUCAAUUCUGAACAUUAAGGUGGGGCCUGCGGUGAAGCUAUACAAUAGCAUAGUUUUAUUGCGGCAGCACGUGGACGAGAAGGUUUUUACGUAAUGACAGAAGUGAUAUUUUACCGUUUGCUUUGUUUAUACAUUAUAUGAGCAAUUGUUAAAUUUAUUUUAUUUAGAAAAUGUAAAUUAUUGUAUAA